AUGUCAGAGCAGGAGGCAGCACCAGCAAGCCCCGCGGAGGACUCAGAGGCCACCGCCAGUGAUUCCAGCCGCCACGCUGCAGACGAGAAACACGAUGGCUCGCCAGUGAGCACAGCCACGGACGAUGCCAGGCAGGGGCGCAGCCGAAGGGGGCUCAGGGCACGGCCGGAGCAGGCUCUGCCGGUGAGCAGGCAUGGCGCACAUGAGAUCUCGGCACGCACCGGCCCGCCGGGACGCGCCGCCGCAGCCGCCAAUGUUGUGAACACCCCGGGGGUUGCUACGCCGAGCCUGUCGGCCCCCCUUCUGGGACCGGCUCAGGCCACACCGUCGACCGCGUCCGGUCAGCUUGCACCCGGGGAAGCUGCGCUGCACCAUGUGCUCAGCGGGCACAGCGCGGCCACCUUCCUCGACGCCUCCGGAUCGCCGCGGUGGCAGGGGAGCUCCGGCAGCGCGACUUUGAGCGGCCGUAACUCGCUGCUGAGCUCGCUGGACUCGCUGCUGGCCGCGCGCCAAGCGUCCGCGCCCGUCGGCGGCGCACGGCGGCAGCCGGCCACCGGCGCCGAGCGGAUGCUGGCCGGGCUGUUGGGCGCGCUGCGCCACCAGCAGCGCACCGCGGAGGGGGGCCCCGGUCCCCCCGCUGCCGCUGCCGCGGCCGCGCCGCUGGGGGCCGUCGCCCAGCAGGUGUCCGAUGCCAACACCAUCCAGGCGUUCCUGAAUUCAGUGGGCUUCAAGCUGCGCACGCCCGACCAGGGUGACAGCACAAACGCGCCGCCGCCGUCAACGCAGCUGCCGCGCCAGCCGUCAUCCCUCCCCAAGGGGAAGGAGGCGGUAGCUGAGAGCGCAGAGGCACCGGCGCCACAGGGCAGCCGGGGCCUGCAGAGGACCAACAGCCUUCCCAUCCCUGACCCAGGCACGCCCCCACCACACCAUCCGCAGGAGAGCGCCACGGUGGCAUUCCAGCUGGGCCAGCCGAUCACCAACCCCUUCGCGGGCUUCGCCAAUGACUUGUUGCAGCGCCAGGCGUCCUCGCUUGCCUCACACCCGCCCCUGCACUGGAGCACAGCUGCUCUGGCAGCUGCCGCGCAGCCGCCGUCGGCCGCCGGCGCCGCGCAGCAGGCACGCCCUCCGACGAGCUCUUUUGUAUUCCUGCAGCCCCCCAAAUCGCUGCCAGUCAACUCGGACACAGCGUCGAGGCGGAGCGGGGAUGCGCAGCGCGCCCCCAGUGGCGGCAGGGGAAUUAGCAGUAAACGCAAGGCCGGAGGGGAGGCCCCUGCAGAACAGUCCGCUGAGUCACUGCCCCGACCCAACCUCACCCAUGCGCUUGGGGAUGCUCUGGACUGGUCAGCCAGCAGCAAGCCAGGGCUGCCGCAGCAGUGGUCAGCACUGCAGGCUGCAGCAUCCGCACCCACAGUCGCCGCUGCAGGCCAGGACCUCCAGCGGCACGCUGGGGACUUCCUGCGGCAGAUGCAGGAGAGCAUGCCGGCCGCCAUGCGCAUCUCACAGUCACUGCCGCCACGCUCUUUGCUCACCGCCGACUCCUACCGGGCCCUCGAGCGCUCCCUCGAUGCUGCCGGCCAGGGCUCCGGGCGGGCGAUAGCGGAGGAGGUGCAACGUCUACUGGGGCGUGCGCGUGCGCAGGCGUCGGCGGCUGGCGCUCCCCGGGAGGCGGCGGCUGCCGCGGCUCGGGCCGACGAAAGCGACGCGGGCGCCGAUGACAGCGAGGCACCGCGGGAGGGCGAGCCUGCAGCAGACACCCUUGAGGAUCGCAUCAAGCGCCGGCGAUUGAGCAACCGGGAGUCGGCGCGGCGAACGCGGCAGCGGCGCAACAGCGAGAUGGCGGCCCUACGCGGCACCAACGAGGCGUUGCAGGCAGAUGCCGAGAAGCUUCGCGCGCAGGUGGCUGACCUGGCGGCCGCCAACCAUGCGCUGCUUUCCUCCAUCCCCGGCCUCGGCGACCCCAAGCUGCAGGAACUGGCGGCGGAGAAUGCAGCGCUGAAGCUUGAACUGCUGGAGCUGCGCGCGGCGGUCACCCAGCACCUGGCAGCACAUGCCAGCCAGCUGCCCUACGCGCAGAGCAUCGCCCUCUCACAGGUCAUUGAGCAGGCCAGGAGGCAGGCCAACGCUGAAGAGAACGAAGAGGGUGCUUAG